AUGGGGAUUUUCUCUGCUACUUAUGCCUCAUUGCUCACGAACGCCCUCUCCAGUAUCACUGUGACGGAACUUCUCACUCUCGGUUUUGGAAUCUUACUCGUGUUUUCCUCGUACCUGAACCGGGCCUCGGUCAACGCACCUUUUGUUGGAUAUCGAUCAUGGUUUGAGCCGACAUUUUUGUUGAGGCUACGGUUUCUCACGAAUGCCAAAGGCAUUCUAACCAGCGGAUAUGAGAAUAAGUACAAAAGUGGAAAGUUCUAUGUCCGCAGAAUCGACGGGGAUACCCUCAUUCUAUCCAACAACUAUCUAGAAGAGCUUCGCCUGUUUCCCAACACGGUCUUGAGCAACGCACAUGCACAGUACCAAAACAUUCUGGGCAAAUACACAUAUGCUUCGGUAGUGCUGCACAGCACCCUCCACACACAGGUUCUGCUACAGCAGCUCACCCCGAGGGUUAGCUUCUACACCCUGCGCUCGAAAGCUGCGUUCGACCAUGCCUUGUACGAUUUGAUGCCCCGCUCCAAAGAGUGGGUGGAAGUGGAUAUCCAAUCUGUCACACGGAGUAUCGUUGCUCGGAUGACGGGUGCGGUCUUCCUCGGUUCUGCGGCCUCGCGCAAUGAAGAGUGGUUGAACAUCAGUAUCCAGUACCCGAUGGACACCUUUCAAACUGCCUUUCAACUGCGCAUGUUCCCUAAAUUCAUGCAUCCUCUGCUGGCAAGGUUGCUCCCCUCACGCUACAGGCUUCAGGACCAUCGCAGAAGAGCUGGACGUAUAAUCCAAGCGCUGAUGACGGAGCACAAGAGAAAGGUCAAGGCUGGUAUCCAGACGGAGGAAACGCUGCUCGGCUGGAUGGUGGACAAUGCAGUGGGUACGGAAGGGGAUCUCGAGGAGAUGAAGAGCAGACAGCUUGUUCUAACGCUGGCUUCCAUCCAUACCACCGCACUUGCACUCAGCCACGCCUUCUACGACCUUUGCGCUCACCCGGAAUACGUCGAGCCUUUGCGCGAGGAAAUUGAAAGGGUCUCCAAAGAGUUCCAAGGCGACGACUUCGUCCACCACGGCCUCCACCGCCUUGAAAAAAUGGAUUCAUUUCUGGUGGAGUCUCAGCGCUUUCACCCGCCUGUGCUGAUGUCGCCUCAGCGCGUUGCCAUGAAGCCCAUCUCCCUCCAUGAUGGCACAUACAUCCCGCGUGGAACUAGAAUUGCUUUCCCCUCCGCUGCCAUUCUCAUGGACAAAGCAGUGAAAGCCGACCCCUUUGUUUUCGAUGGGUUCCGCUCCUAUCGCAAGCGGCAGCUCCCUGGCGAGAAGUGCCAUCAUGUGUGGGUGCAGACGGGCAAAGAGAAUCUCGCCUUCGGACAUGGCAAGCAAGCAUGUCCUGGCCGGCAUUUUGCUGCCGCGGAGAUCAAAGUUGUGCUGUCAAGGAUCAUUAGUGAGUACGACGUCAAAUACUGGGCUGGGCAAGUGCGACCCAAGACAUUUUACUUGGAUGAGAAUGUGUUUCCGGAUCCUCAGGCGAAGCUGCAUUUUCGACGCAGGGGGCAAGAGUUGUCAAGCAGGAAGGAGUCGUGA